AUGGCUAGAACUAAAGGAAAUAAUACUACUGAACGACCUGCUACUUCUAAACAACCGAGAAAAUACUACGCCCCAAAGUCUGCUUCAAAAAAAGCAGCUGUCUCUUCUAAGAAAGCCGUUGCUAGUGUUUCACAAAAGAAACCAGUAGCACGACAUUCACAUCCAGGAAUUAAGGCUUUACAAGAAAUUAAAUUUUACCAACGAUCUACUGAACUUUUAUUAAGAAAAUUACCAUUCCAACAUUUAGUUAGAGAAAUUGCUCAACAGUCUAAAUCUGAUUUGAGAUUUCAAUCUGCUGCUAUUGCGGCACUUCAAGAAGCUGCUGAAGCUUAUCUUGUUGGUCUUUUUGAAGAUACUAAUUUAUGUUCACUUCAUGCUAAAAGAGUUACCAUUAUGCCAAAAGAUAUGCAACUUGCUAGAAGAAUUAGAGGUGAACGUCAAUAA